GCCUAGGAGACAGAAACCAACCUGAUGUGCUUCACUCACAGUGCAGCAACUUCCUGCUGAGUAGAUCACUUGUGCAGCAAAGCAUGCGUCUUUUAUGUUACUAACAGGUUCUCUUGAAAAGUAUUUUUCAGUUUUGCAAUAUAUUUUAAUUCAAUUUAAAAACUGACACUGUGGACUGGACGAACAAAACUGGGUACAACUGAAGACACCCUUCCUCGGACUCUUAAAGGAGAAGCUAAGAGUGUUGGGAUGUAAAGCAGCGGUACAGUGUUUGCUGUUUAAUUGGCUCUUUGGAAUAAUGGAUUUGUAAAAAUAAAUAAAAAAAUAAAUAAAUAUAGUGUUAGGUCAUGGGAAACUUCUUCAGAGAUUUACCGGGAUUGGAUCAGUGUUCUCUCAACAGCUUUAUCAUGUUCUUUUGGGGAAUUGUUCUUAAUGCAUUUAUUUGUGGCAGCCUGCAGGCAGGUCACAACGGGUUCCAUCACGACUGCGUGGAGGCCGAGCGGCUCUGUGUGUCCGAUCACAUGUGCAACAGCAGUUACCGGGUGCUGGAGUACUGCGCGGCUGAGGAAGCCGUCUCUCCCCUGGGCCCGGAGGCCAGGAAGGAGUGUGUGACUGCUGAGGCCGCUCUCGCCCAAAGCCCCCUGCUCCGUUGUAAAUGUCACCGUGGAAACAGGAGGGAGGAGCACUGCCUUUCAGUGUACUGGACAGUCCGCUUCUCAAACAGUUAUUAUGAGUUGGAGUCCUCUCCCUAUGAAGAUCUAGAAACAGACCAGAUGUGGGCCAUUCAGAACACCAGAUUAGCAGCAAUUGUUUCAGGCUCCAGCAUUGUGACAGAAUGGGAUAACCCAUGCUUGGAGGCUGCACAGGCCUGCGGACUGUACGAGAAGUGUGGGAACCUGCGCUCUGAGUACGUGCUGGCCUGCACCAAGCGAGUCAGCGGCACUGAUACCUGCAACCGACAGAAGUGUCACAAAGCUCUCCGGCGCUUCAUGGACCGUGUGCCCGAGGAGUACAGCUUUGCUGUUCUCUUCUGCCAGUGCAGCAACGCCCUGUGUGGAGAGCGCCGCCGCAUGGCCAUCGUGCCCUCCUGCUCCUUUGAGGAGAAGGAGAAACCCAACUGUCUCUACCUGCAGCAGAUCUGCAUGAAGGACGAGCUGUGCAAGUCCAGGCUGGCUGAUUUUCAUUCCAAAUGUCAGCCAUCCCCAAUCUCCACAACAGGCUGCCUGAGAGAGAACGGAGCCUCCUGUCUCAAGUCUUACUCAGGACUGAUCGGAACCAUCAUGACCCCAAACUACCAGAGCAACAGCAGCUCUGAGGUGUCUCAGUGGUGCUCUUGUGAGGGGAGUGGCAACAAGCAGCAGGAGUGUGACAGGAUCCUUACGAUGUUCACCCAGAACAUUUGCCUUGUGAAUUCCAUUGGCGCGCUGAUCAGCACAGCUCAAUACGCACUAGAGGGCACCCAGCCCUCAGUGAGACCUUCACAGCACUACCAGCAUGAUGAUGGCAAUGCUAUAGUCGAGAUAGGAAAGGUAGACAAGAGUGAAGGCAACCAGGGAAGCUUUGAAGGAAUUCAGCUUAUUUUGGAGAAAGCCACUGUGUCCAACGUCCAGUCAGGAGCGGGAGAGAUCUGGCUGUCAGGAAUGCUGGCUGUUUGCGCUUUGUUGCUCCAGGGCAUUCUACUGUAGACUGGCUGUGAAGAAAAUUGACCCUACCCUUACAAUAAGGACAUUCUGCACUUCGCAAAAUCUGGGAAUUCUUCUCCCACCUCCACCUCCCCCUUCCUCCUUCCUCCUCCAACCACAUUGGCACAGCAACACUUUAAAAUAAUGGUUAGCUGUUACACCUAUGGCACUCCAUUUAAAUCAAUGCAGUUGUGUGGCCUUUGUUUUAUCCAACAAAAAAAUCUACCAAAAUAAAUGUAAUUUCACAAAUAACCCUGAUCUACAGUAUGGGGUAUGGCCCACUGUGGGGUAAUCAUGGUAGAAAUGGUUGUGUGUGCUGUUAUAUUUUUUUUUUCAGGGGUGCCUCUUAGAAGUUGAAAAAGUAAGCAAGUAAAAACAGUAACCGUGAACAGAGCCGGAAGUCUUUGUGAGCUGCUUGCUGGAGCCAUCUGAAGGUUAAAAAGCAGAUCAGUUGUGCGGCUGUCAAACGUCAUCAUAAUGGGUUUCUUCCUGGUGAUAUCAGAUGCUGUUAAAGGGAGGGGGAUAGAGAAGAUAAGAGGCUGGUUUCCAAGAUGAAUGAUGGGUUAAUUUGUAUGCUCCCUGCCUCCUGGAAGAGCUACCAUUAUAUUUCAUUUGCUUACAUCAUAUUCUGAGAAGUAAACUAAAAGAAAGCUUAUAGCUGCUGAAUUUGUGUUCCAAGGCAGAAUUCAUUUGUAUGAUUAUUUCCUCAACAUUUUCACAGAAUGUUUUACACAUGUUGAAACCUUUACCAUUCUGAUUAUCCUUACUGUUUUUGUUGUUAAAAUGAGCUCUUGUCAAUGACUACCAGGGGCUGUGUAAUCAUGCUGCCAGUAAACACAUUGAAAUGCUGUGCAUUUACUGCCCCCUGUGUUCUAAUGGGUGCGUGAUGGUUAUUGCAGCUAUGCCUUUCAUCCUCACCCGAUUAGAUUAGAUUUAGUCAAACAGCGCAAUGAGUUUCUUUACAGUUUCGCUUGUGAUCAGCCGCAAAUCAGAGAGGUGUUUUACCUGCAAUAUAAUACACAGCAGUAUAUCUACUCAAUGUAUCCGCCCCCUACUUUUCCAUUGCAGUUCUCCUACAGGUUAUUGCAGAAGCACAUGCCAGCCGUUCAUACUGAUAUUUUUAAACAGGUGAUGUAUGGUCCUGCAGGUGCUGUACCCAUAUUCACUAGUGAAACAAAUCAAUGUGUUUGUGUAAGAGAAUGAGAUUUCGUAAUGUGCUGAACUGAAAGGCGUUGCGUUGGGUGCUGAAGAAAUGAUGCAUUAAAUUAAUGCACAAGUGUAUUGAGACUGGUUAGAAAGACUUUCAUGGAAGUGGAUAGUGUUGUUUUUAUGGGUUAAAAAAAAAAAAAAAGUUGCAUGCACAAGCUUGUGAAGUCCCCACUUCUGCAUUCCUUGCAAUUGUGCUUUGGGCCUGUAAAUUUGUAAUCUAAUUUAAAGUGUCUCCGCAACACCUUUCCAAACUCAAUGUUGUACCCAGACAAUUGCUGUAUUUUUAUAAAUAUACGUAACAAUGUAACAAUAAGAUCAAUUUGGAACAGGCUAAUGAAAAGGAGUAUUGCUCUUUUAGUUUCACUUUGUUGUUAAGUACUUGUAUUUAGAUCAUGUCCAUUUUGUUUUUUAAGUGUAGAAAAUA